UGUAUAUGCCCCCAAUUUUGGUGGGCUUGCAGAUAGAGAAAAUAUGGCCUUUGCAGUUGGAAGAGGCUUGCAAAUUCUGCCAUGCUCUUCUUCUUCAGCAUUCCUUGGCAAGGACAUUAGCAAAUCCUCCAUUCCAUAUCUGCCUUCUAGAAAAGGAUAUACCAGACAUUACUCUCGGGGUGUGGUGGUUCAAGCCCAGCAACGGCCCACUUGGCUUCCUGGCCUCGACCCUCCGGCCUACCUUGAUGGAAGUCUAGCAGGAGAUUUUGGGUUCGACCCACUUGGGCUCGGUGAGGACCCUGAAAACUUGAAGUGGUAUGUGCAGGCUGAGUUGGUUCAUGCGCGCUUUGCUAUGGCUGGAGUUGCUGGAAUUCUUGUUACUGAUUUGCUCCGCGUAACAGGAAUCAGCAAUUUGCCAGUGUGGUAUGAAGCUGGUGCCACAAGAUUUCAGUUUGCCAGCACAAGAACUCUGUUCAUUGUCCAAUUAAUUUUGAUGGGAUUUGUUGAAACCAAAAGGUACAUGGACUUAAUUAGUCCCGGAUCUCAAGCAAAAGAUGGAUCUUUCUUUGGGUUGGAAGCCACACUGGAAGGUUUAGAACCAGGAAUGCGAGAAUUGCCCAAUCUUCAUACCACAAGUUGGGUCCACCAGGAUCAUUACAAUCUUCAUCCGGGAGAAUGCUUAGGUGGCCCUUUGCUGAAUCCUCUUGGCCUGGCUAAAGAUAUAAAGAAUGCUCAUGAAUGGAAGCUCAAAGAGAUCAAGAAUGGACGGCUCGCAAUGGUAGCCAUGCUUGGGAUCUUUGUGCAAGCAUCCAUCACUCAUGUUGGCCCUAUUGACAACCUUGUGGAUCACCUCUCCAAUCCAUGGCACAGAACUAUUAUUCAAACUCUUGCCGGAUCUGGUUGAUGAAUGUUUUUGUGUGUCUGUGUGUGUGCACUCAUUCUAUAAUGUAAAUUUAAGCACAGAUUUUAUCGAUUAUUGUUCAUGACUAAGUUAAAAUAGCCAUCCAUUAUGAUGUAAUUCAUUGUUUGGUGAUGCUAGAUCAACUUCAAAUUUGAAAGUAA